UGUUCACAUUAGUUUCUUGAAACAAUGACACUGAUACUACUCCCUAAGUUUCUAAUUCCAAAAUGUCUUCUCCCUCGCGUGAAAAGUCUCCCUCCCAGAUCUAUGCAUCCACAGCUCCGGCCUCCGCGUCCAGCUCAUGCGCAAUUCAUCAAUCUACCUCAUCUCCAUCGCUUUGGUUCUUCCUCUCAAGUCAUCGAUCGAGCUCCUGCCUCCGGAUCCAGCUCCUGCGCGAUUCAUCGAUUGAGCUCAUCUCCAUCUCUUUCUUUCUUCCUCUAGCAAGUCUACCUGUCAAGCAAUCGCUAGAGAGGACGCAAUCGCUAUAUGAUUUGGCUUGGGGUUGGUUCGGCGGCUGGAAAGUCGAGGAGGGGCUGUGGGUGGUGCAACGGCGGUGGGGAACUGACGGUGGUGCAAGGCUAGGGAGUGGGGACAGUGACAGUGGUGUGAUGGUGGGGCUGUGGCGGUGGUGCAAGGGCUUAGGAGUUGUGGUGCAGGGGUCUGGGACUGGUGGUGCUGGGGAGGAAGCAGUGGUAACUGACCAGAGGGGCUUGUAUGUCACUGCGGACGAUUGUUGUGCGGAGGGGCUGAUGUGGUCACGGUUUGGGCGACGACGGUCAACGGUGACAGUUGAUGGGGGUGUGGGGGCUGAGGGCGGAUGCGGAGGGUGGUUGGGGAGGCGGCAGUGGCAAUGGCGAUGGCACCGAGGUGGUGGUCAGUUUUGAUUGAAAUUACAUUUCCGGUGGGUAAUAGUGACAUCAACGACGGCCCAUAUGUUACUUUGGCGGUGUCAUUGUGAUCGGCGUCACUGUGACAGUGUUGGCCGGAGUACCGUGUAACCGUAGUAGUUACACUUGAGAUUAGUCACAUUUUUGGAAAUUAGGAAAAAGUGUCACUUUUUUGUAAAGUGUCCAAUUAUUUGUAAUAUUCAAGACAUAAACCCUAGUAUCUUACACUAAAAAGAAUACAUACGGGGUUUUUCCGUGAGUGCGACUGUGCGAGCUAUUUUGUUCCAAAAA